AUGUCUGUCCCAUCGGGAAGACCUUGUGGCCUCGGCAAGAAGGACGCGCUUGAAGAGUCUCCCGCGGUUUCUUGUCUCUCAGAGUCGAGCGCAGAGACCUCUGUGGUCUCCACGCCCUGUCUCUCCACUUCUUUUCCGUCGUUCGGUACGCGUCAGACCGUCGUUUUUUUGUCUGAGUCGCCUCCUGGCGUACCUUCUUCUCCCUCGUCGCUCUCCUCUUCGCCGCCGGUCCUUCGGUCUACUCUAGCCGCUUCGGCUCAGCGUGAUUCCGCUCUCGAGCGCGACUCGUUGGCGUGCGCCGAUCCGCGGACAGGUUCCUUCCUCUCUCCUUCUGCUCUCUUUGUCUCCGCCUCUCUCAUUCCGCUUGCGGGACAGGGCCUCUUCACUUCUCAGCACAUCCCAAGAGGAACGUGGAUCUGCGAGUAUCUGGGCAAGUGCCUCAGUCUCCGCGAGCUUCUCCGCGAGGAAGACCGGGCUUACGUGAUCUGCGCCGGCGCCCUGAACGCUCACAUUGACGCGAAGAGUCACUUGGAGGUCUUUGCUCGCUACAUCAACGACAUUAGUGACAAAGAGAAGUUGAAUGCGUGCUUUGUAAAAGACAAGAAAAGGAGGCGGGUCUUCGUUCAGGCUCUGCGGGACAUUCAUGCUGGUGAGGAGAUCUACGCCUUCUACGGAGAGGGCUACUGGCGACAGCGAGAGUGCUUUUCCUGGGCGGAGGAGGACGCGCGUACCGCGGCUGUUGGAAAGACGACGGGCGGCGCGGAGGCAGAAGGCUGCGUCUUGGAAAAGCAGAGAGAGAAAGGAGGCGCGUCCCAGGCUUCCUCGAAAGCAGACGGAAAGAGCGAAGGAAAGGAAGAACGCGGAACGGAAAAAUAA